GUUUUGAUUGAUAAGAUGCAUCAGCUGUUCUAUACUGUGUUGAUCAGAUGUUUGCUAUUAAAACAUGGCCGAUAGGUAGAAAGUCCCUGGGUAGACCGCGGUAUCUGAGGAGUUAUGAAAUGCUUGGAGGAGCUGGAGUGCAGCAGGGGCCACCCCGAUGGAAAAAGGGUUCCAUAAUUUCGUUUCGUUCAUGAAUAUAAUUUAACUAUGAAAUGCUCCCAUUAUGGCUAAUCCCGAUUCCACUAUUAAUUGUGGUAAAGAUGUAAGAGAUUCGACCUUGGUGAGAAAUUCCUUGUCGUCUUGUCUUCGUGACAGUAAUAAAUCACCUAAGAGACAACUAACCAACAGGAGUGUCUCUUUUCCAGAAAAUGACAAUCAAAUAGUCACAGGCUAUUUGGAACCUGUCAAUCCUUGGGAAUAUGCUGAAAGUACAAAUAAAGAGACUGUGUUAGUUAAUUAUCUGAGAUCAAGUGAGAAACAUGGAACAAACCCGAUUCAGACUGUUGUAGAUCAGCUUGAGUGUUUUGAUUAUGAUGAAAUAGGCAGUGAAAGGUUUGAUUGCUUGAAUUUGAAAAGUGAGCAGCUUAUUUUAGGAAGUUGUGAGGCAUUAGAAGAGGUUUUAAAAAGACUUCAAUUUCACAAAAUAAACCUUGAGGAUACUGGUCUUGAUGAUGAGGCUGCAGUCGCUCUUUUUGAUAUGAUAGAAUAUUAUGAAGCCGCAACUCAACUUAAUAUCUCAAAUAACAAUAGCAUUGGUGUACGAGGAUGGCAGGCUGCCUCCCGCAUGUUGAAACGGACAAAAUGUUUAGAGGAGCUUGAGUGUCGAGGUACAGUAUUGACUGAGCAGGUUGUACCGAUAUUGGGCCGGGCAUUAAGGCUUGGUACUCAAUUACAAGUACUCAAGUUAGAAGCAUGCAGUCUUUCAGGAAGAUCACUUGUUGUCUUGGUUGCUGGUCUCAAAUUAAAUACCACUUUGAAAGAACUUUAUUUGGGUGAAAACUACUUGGGAUCUAGUGAUGGUCUACAAUUGGCAGGUCUUUUGAAAUGUAACACUACCCUUCAGCUUCUAGAUCUCAGUAACAAUGGACUGGAGGACAGUGGUGUUGCGCAUAUCUGUGAUUCCUUAUGUGAACAAUCUAAGCCUGCUGGACUGGGGAUUUUGGUUCUCUGGAACAACAAGUUGGGUCCUGCUUCAGCAUAUCAUGUUGCGAAAGCUCUGAGAGGAAAUGAUACCUUAGAAGUGCUUAACAUAGGACAAAAUGAUAUAGGUGAUCAGUUCCUGAGAGAUAUUCAAGAUUCUUUGAUUGAAAACCGUAAUCUUUUAAGGCUGGGCAUACAAUCGACAAAUAUCAGUGGAGAAGGAGCUUUGACAUUGGCACAUGUUCUUACAAAAAAUUCAACCCUACAGAGGAUAGAUGUAAGGGAUAAUAAUAUCGAAGUAAGCGGUGUUGCAGCAUUUGCAGAAGCAUUAAAGCAAAAUACGUCUGUUACUCAAAUUGAUUUGGAUGACCAGCCUAGAGGAAGAAUAAGUGAUACAUUAGAAAAAUAUUCUGAAACAGUUGAUGAAGUGAGGUCUGCAUGCUGUAGAAAUGAAGCUGGAGGGGAUGAAGCACUUCUUCGUGCACGGCUGUCUGUCAUGGCUGCUAGAAAGAUCUCUCUUACCUGUGAUACAUUGCGACCAAUUUCAAAGUCACCAUCCCCGCAGCCACCAUCACCAUCAUAUCCACAGCAAUCAUUCCUUCAGGUUGGUGGUGAGACAAAAAGAGGGGGUCGCCUUAGAAGCCCAGCACCAUCACCUAUUCCGUCGCCCGUUGCAUCUCCGUCCCCCACAAGAACUAGAUUCCAGGUUUCAAGAGUUAAUGAAGACUCUCCCCCAGAAACUCCUCCUGUCUUUAGUUUCAAUCCAUCUAGGUCAAGGUUUAAAGUGACUGUAGUUGAACCCAGCGGAGAACAACAACAUUCUCCUUUUAUACCUCAGCCAAUUCACUCUCAGCAACAACAGCAAAAUCCAAGUACUCCUCCUAGAACUAGAAAAUUGGCAUCAUGGGUUCCAAUGGUCUCGCCAGGACUUGAAAUUAAAGCUGCAUCUGGCUUGGAAAAGCUUCUAGGAUUAUUCCAGAAUCCAUUUACAAGAGGAGCCCAAAGUGGUAACACCGUGGAUAGCAGCAGCGAUGGGGGCGGAGCUACGUGGCCUGCAAGCAGGGCUGCUCCACCUCCUGUUGAAACGAGUACACAUUCUGCUUCUCUUUCUCAUCUUACAGUUAUACCUCCUACUGGUAAUACUUCAAUUAGCACUCAUAUAUUUUGAAUUUACUUCUAAGUCUUUUUUAGUUUAUCUUAUCUAUUUAAUUAAAUUUUGGCAACCAAUCAGCUUUAAAAUUUUAUUUUAUUAGUCAAAAACCUAGUAUCCAGUGUGACAAACUUGUAAUGAAACAGAACACUCUUUAAAUUGUUUUAUGUUUUAACUAUAAUAUGAUUAAAGAUGAAAAUUGUAAUGUAUGACUAGACACACA